UGGCCGGAACUGAGAAGUCAGCCAAAAAUAAGAGAAAAAAGGGAUUUUUUCUAAACGUUCAGAUACUUUCCCUAGACAACAAGUUAAGUGUUGUGUUUUUGUGAUAUUGUCUUUUUUCCAUGGGAUUUCUGAUACCACCAUUCUCUCCCCCAAAAAAGCAAAGAGCGCUCUUAAGGGCUUCUUUUUAGUUAUAAACGGGGUCAAAAUAACCCAAAGAGGAAAACAACUGAUUUUAUUUCACGAAAGUUUGGAAAUUGAAGAUGUAUACGAGGUACUGAUGUCCAGCGAGAUCAGUACAAAAAUGGAACGAAUGUAAAUUAAACGCGAGCAAAACAUGUUUGAAAACAUCUUGGUGGCAUGGCUGGUGGCGUAUAACGGCCGUUCCUGUCCCUGCAGAAUUAAGGUGAAAAGCACGGGAGCCCAGAUCCUGAAGAAGUCUCACAUUGAAGGCAUUGCUUCCUCGUUAGCCUCGCAGAACGAGGUUGCUGCCGCGCCCCUGGAGGAGCUGGCCUACAGGCGGUCGCUCCGCGUGGCUCUGGAUGUUUUGAAUGAGAGAACCCGUCCGCGUCAGGAAAGCUCUUCCAGGGAAGAGAGGACCACUCGGGCUCUGAGAGCGAAGCCCAUGGAACCGGCCUCCUCGCUCUGCAACCCCGGCCCUUCGCCUUUGCUCCACGAAGACGCGUCGGGCAGUCCUGGGCACACGAGGAGGGAACGUGCGCCCCAGAGGCUGUCCGGCCUGCCCGCUUGCAAGGAGGACCCCGGGUGCAGAGUGGACCACAAGAAGGGGCUCGGGAGAAGGGGAGGCCUGCGCGCCCCAGCUGUCUCCUUGGCCGGCAGUGGUGCUCAGGACGGACGGGGACCCAGAAAACACCGGGCAGACCGGACGGUGAACCGGACAACGACCCCGAGUAAAUGGGAGAGGAACCCGGCACGGGGGCCCAGCUGGGGUCAGGAAGCGCCUCCGUCCUCAGAGGGAGCUGGGGAGGAAGAGAGUGAGACCGGGGCCGGGCCGGCAGCCCUGCGCUCGCCUCCCGGAGGCGGGGCCGAGGCUCCUCCUGGCGGCCCCGGUGCCCGCGGCCACCCUGCGCAGCACCUGUGCCUGUACGGCGGCCAGAGGCCGGGGCCCCGCAUGGCUCCACGCGGCCCCACUCAGCUCGGCCCCGCAGAGGAGACCAGAGACUCCCGGAUGCUGGAGGGAGCCCGUCCACCUUCUGAAGAGUCAGUGGAGUUGAACGCCGUGAACUCUCUCCUGGCGGCAGAGGAGGAGGAGGAGGAGGACGACGAGGAGCCGCCGAGAAUCCUCCUGUACCGCGAACCACGUUCGUUUGAAGUAGGAAUGCUAGUCUGGCUUAAAUACCAAAAAUACCCCUUCUGGCCCGCAGUGGUCAAAAGCGUCAGGCGAAGAGAUAAGAAAGCGAGUGUGCUUUUCAUUGAAGGAAACAUGAACCCCAAAGGGAGAGGCAUCACGGUGUCUCUUCGGCGAUUGAAGCACUUUGAUUGUAAAGAAAAGCAGGCACUUCUGGACGAGGCCAAGGAGGACUUCGACCAGGCCAUCGGCUGGUGCGUCUCCCUCAUCACCGACUACAGGGUCCGGCUUGGCUGUGGUUCCUUCGCUGGCUCUUUCCUGGAAUACUACGCGGCUGAUAUAAGCUCCCCCGUCCGCAAGUCCAUCCAGCGGGAUGUCCAGGGGACCAGGUUCCCCCCGCUCAGCGGGGUGGGCCCCGAGGAGGCCUCGGCAGGGAGCCCGCGGGACAGGAGGCCAGCCUGCAGGAAGGUCCUCCCUGACCGCUCGCGGGCCGCCCGGGACCGGGCCAACCAGAAGCUGGUGGAGUACAUCGUGAAGGCCCGGGGUGCCGAGAGCCACCUGCGCGCCAUCCUGAAGAACAGGAAGCCGUCCAGGUGGCUGAAGACGUUCCUGAGCUCCGGGCAGUACGUGACCUGUGUGGAGACGUAUCUGGAGGACGAGGAGCAGCUGGACCUGGUGGUGAAGUACCUGCAGGGGGUGUACCAAGAGGCGGGCAGCAGGCAGCUGGCACGUGGGCACAGAGACGGGAUCCGCUUCGUCCUGGAUGUGCUUCUGCCCGAGGCCAUCAUCUGCGCCAUUUCCGCAGUGGACGCUGUGGACUACAAGACGGCCGAGGAGAAGUACAUACGGGGACCUUCGCUCAGCUACCGGGAAAAAGAAAUAUUUGAUACGCAGCUCCUGGAAGAAAGGAGCCGGCGAAGCUGAGGCCGGUGGAGGCAAGGCCCUGCGCUCUGGAGUACAGGCGGGCCGUCGGCCUCCUUGACGACUGCCACCUCUGUUUUCCUGGCUCUUGUGGAAGGUGCAGCUCCUGAAAGGGUUUGAAAGGACAGAGACUUUUUUUUUUUUUUUUUUUUAACUUUACAUCAUUACCUGUGACUGUACCGUGUAGGUUCACAGAAGGUGCACGUUUGUGUUUUAUGUUGAAAAGCACUGUACCCAACAUUAAACAGGAGCUUUAAAGACUGAUAUGAACGUACGGCUCCCGCAACAUCAAUGUAUUUUUUUCCGUUUGUUUCCCUCCUGUGUGUGGCUCCUCUUACGACGGCUCCUAAGUUUGCUGUGCCUCUGUUACAUGUUUUUGAGGCAAACCCGUGUUUGUAAGAGGCAGGACCCGAGACCCGCUGCUUUCCCGUGCCCUGGCCUCUGCUGGGACUGGUGCAGGAGAGCAGACAGACUGGCAGUCUUUCCAGCCUCUUUCCGCACGGCCCCCAUGUGGGUUUCUCCGCCCGGCCUUGUCACCGCGCAGCCAACUGUCCAGAUAGCUGUGAUGAUCCCACCGGGCUGCUGCGCCCGCCCGGCCCGGCCAAGGUCAUUGUGUGCACGGCCUGGGCCGUGAGGUCGCGGCCCGGCUUCUGUGGAAACCAGUCCUUUGUCUGGAAGCCCGAAGCACAGAUGGGUCCCCCGAUGCCUGAGCCUCCCAGGCUCAGGGCCU